AUGAUACCUUAUAAUCUGGUUGAUAUUGGAGCCAAUCUGACUCAUCCCUUGUACAAGAAGGAUCUCGACGAAGUGUUACAGCGAGCCAAGCAGGCAGGCUUGAGCAAGAUCAUGAUUACGGGCACCUGUUUGACGACUACCGCUGAUGCACAAGAGUUGGCCGAUAAAUACCCCGGAUUUCUCUAUUUCACCUCGGGUAGGUUACGUCGAAUUUGAUUAUCUAGUUUGUUUAGGUGUUCAUCCUCAUGAUGCGAAAGAUUGGAACGACAAGACCGGGGAGAAAAUCCGUGAAUUUGCGUUGAAAGAUAACUGUGUUGCUCUAGGAGAAUGUGGCCUUGAUUUCAACCGAAACUUUAGCCCACAAGAUGUUCAAAAGAAGGUGUUUGAAGAGCAGGUGAGUUUAUUUUACCAUUUCUUAUCUUUCUUUAGGUAAAACUUGCAUGUGAAUUGAAAAAAUCGAUGUUUAUACAUGAACGCGAUGCCUUCGGAGACCUAAACUCAAUAUUGGACAAAUACAAGGCCGAUCUCCCAGAUGUUGUGAUCCACUGCUUCACAGGGACAGCAGAACAAGCCCAGCAUUACAUCGACAAGGGAUAUCACAUUGGAUUGACCGGCUAUUUGUGGAAGGACCGUUCCGAAGAUGGAGUUCGACACGCACUUCAGCAUGGAAAGAUUCCUCUGGAUCGGAUACUCCUCGAAACCGAUGCUCCGUUCAUGUAUUGCAAAGUGGAUGAUAAGAAGAUUCCGGCCGAUAUUCGAGCCAAAAUUAGCGAUGAAGCCAAGGAAAUGCAUAAACAUUGCCAUUUCAAGAGGAAUGAGCCUUGUGGACUUGCUGGAUCUUGCGAUUUGAUCGCUGCUUUUGCCAAUAUCUCGCCCGUGGAGCUGGCGAGGAUCACAACGGAGAAUGCGGUGAGGGUAUACAAGUUGAACUAG